CGUCCGCCUCAGCACUCUUGUCGGUUCGCCGUGUCCGCGGGCGGCCGCAGGGCCGGGGUGAGGUCAGCCACGGUGCAUUCGCGCGGAGCUGCCCACCAUGGCCAAGCCGAGCAGCAAGGAUUCCGGCUUGAGGGAGAAGUUCAAGACCCUGCUGGGGCUGGGGACGGCGAGGGCGCACCACCCCAGGGCGGCGGAAGGCAAGCAGACCGAGUUCGUCAUCACCACCGACGUCCUCAGAGAACUGAGUGUUGAGUGCGGUAUCAAUAAUCGCAUCCGGGUCAUAGGGCAGAUCUGUGAAGUUGCAAGAACCAAGAAGUUUGAGGAGCAUGCAGUGGAAGCCCUCUGGAAGGCCGUUGCUGACCUGCUGCAGCCAGAGCGGCCCCCUGAAGCCCGGCACGCCGUGCUGGCCCUGCUGAAGGCCAUCGUCCAGGGGCAGGGGGACCGCCUGGGGGUUCUCAGGGCGCUGUUCUUCAGGAUCAUCAAGGAUUACCCUUCCAGCGAAGACCUGCACGAGAGGCUUGAGGUGUUCAAGGCGCUCACGGACAACGGGCGGCACAUUGCGUAUCUGGAGGAGGAACUGGCGGAGUUCGUCCUGCAGUGGAUGGAUGUCGGCCUGUCCUCCGAAUUCCUGCUGGUGCUCGUGAAUUUGAUCAAGUUUAACAGCUGUUACCUUGACGAAUACAUUGCGUCCAUGGUUCACAUGAUCUGCCUGUUGUGCAUUCGGACUGCAUCCUCUGUUGAUAUUGAGGUGUCCCUGCAGGUGCUGGACGCCGUGGUCUGCUACAACUGCUUGCCUGCAGAGAGCCUCCCGCAGUUCAUUAUCACGCUGUGUCGCACAGUGAACGUCAAGGAGCUCUGUGAGCCCUGCUGGAAGCUGAUGCGGAACCUCCUGGGCACCCACCUGGGCCACAGUGCCAUUUACAACAUGUGCCGUAUCAUGGAGAACAGAGCCUACAUGGAGGACGCCCCACUGUUGCGUGGAGCUGUGUUCUUCGUGGGCAUGGCCCUCUGGGGAGCCCACCGCCUCUACUCGCUCAAGAACUCGCCGACAUCUGUGCUGCCAUCCUUUUAUGAGGCCAUGACGUGUCCCAAUGAGGUGGUGUCCUAUGAGAUCGUGCUGUCCAUCACCAGGCUUGUGAAGAAGUACAGGAAGGAGCUGCAGGCCGUCACGUGGGACCUGCUGCUCAACAUUGUGGAGCGGCUGCUGCAGCAGCUCCAGAGCCUGGACAGCCCGGAGCUCAGGACCAUCGUGCAUGACCUGCUGACCACAGUGGAGGAACUGUGCGACCAGAAUGAGUUCCACGGCUCCCGGGAGAGAUUCUUCGAGCUGGUGGAGAGAUGUGCAGACCAGAGGCCUGAGUCCUCCCUCUUGAACUUGGUCUCCUUCCGGGCACAGUCCAUUCACCCUGCGAGGGACGGCUGGAUCCAGAGCCUGCAGCUGCUCAUGGAGCGCUUCUUCAGGAGCGAGCCCCGCAGCGCUGUGCGCAUCAAGGUGCUGGACGUGCUGUCCUUUGUGCUGCUCAUGAACAGACAGUUGUACGAGGAGGAGCUCAUCAACUCCGUGGUCAUCUCCCAGCUCUCCCAUAUCCCCGAAGAUAAGGACCACCAGGUCCGGAAACUGGCCACCCAGUUGCUGGUGGACCUGGCGGAAGGCUGCCACACCCACCACUUCAACAGUUUGCUGGAGAUCAUUGAGAAGGUGAUGGCACGCACCCUCUCUGCACCGCCUGAGCUGGAGGAAAGGGAUGUGGCCUCCCACUCAGCUUCCCUGGAGGACGUGAAGACUGCCGUCCUGGGACUCCUGGUCAUCUUGCAGACCAAGCUGUACACUUUGCCUGCCAGCCAUGCCACACGCGUAUACGAGACACUCGUCGGCCACCUGCAGCUGCACUACAAGCUUAACUACACACUGCCCAUCGCCAGCAGCAUCCGGCUGCAGGCCUUUGAUUUCCUGCUGCUGCUGCGUGCCGACUCGCUGCACCGCCUGGGUCUGCCCAGCAAGGACGGGGGCGUGAGGUUCAGCCCCUACUGCUUCUGCGACUGCGUGGAGCCAGAGCGGGGCUCUGAGAAGAAUACCGGCGGCUCCCUCUCGUCUCCCACGGGGCCUUCUGGUUCAGCCCCUGCAGGCCCUACUGUGCGCCUGGGCUGCCUGCCCUACUCACUGCUCUUUCGCCUCCUGCUGCAGUGCUUGAAGCAGGAGGCUGACUGGAAGGUGCUGAAGCUGGUGCUCGCCAGGCUGCCCGAGUCACUGCGUUACAAGGUGCUGUUCUUCACCUCGCCCUGCAGCCUCGACCAGCUGGCCUCCGCCCUCUGCUCCAUGCUUUCAGGCCCAAAGACACUCGAGCGGCUCCGGGGGACACCAGAGGGCUUCUCCAGGACUGACCUGCACUUGGCCGUGGUCCCAGUGCUGACGGCGUUAAUCUCUUACCACAAGUACCUGGACAAAAGCAAGCAGCGGGAGAUGGUCUAUUGCCUGGAGCAGGGACUCAUCCACCGCUGUGCGGGCCAGUGCGUGGUGGCCCUAGCUGUGUGCAGCGUGGAGAUGCCCGAUGUCAUCGUCAAGACGCUGCCCGUGCUGGUGGUGAAGCUCACGCACAUCUCAGCCACGGCCAGCAUGGCUGCCCCGCUGCUCGAGUUCCUGUCUACUCUGGCCCGGCUGCCACACCUCUACAGGAACUUUGCAGCUGAGCAGUAUGCGAGUGUGUUCGCCAUCUCCCUGCCUUAUACCAACCCCUCCAAGUUCAAUCAGUACAUCGUGUGCCUGGCUCAUCACGUCAUAGCCAUGUGGUUCAUCAGGUGUCGCCUGCCUUUCCGAAAGGAUUUUGUCCCUUACAUCACUAAGGGUCUGCGUUCUAACGUGCUGCUCUCGUUUGAUGACACCCCCGAGAAGGACAGCUUCCGGGCUCGCAGCACCAGCCUCAACGAGAGGCCCAAAAGUCUGAGGAUAGCCAGACCCCCCAGACAAGGCUUGACUCACUCCCCACCCAUGGAGGAGUGCGAGGGGAGUCCUACCGCCGAGGCCUUCCGCUGCCGCAGCGUCAGUGUGUCUGAACAUGCGGUCCGCAGCAGAGUCCAGACGUCCCUCACCAGUGCCAGCCUGGGCUCCGCGGACGAGAAUUCCGUGGCCCAGGCCGACGACAGCUUGAAGAACCUCCACCUGGAGCUCACGGAGACGUGCCUGGACAUGAUGGCCCGAUACGUGUUCUCCAACUUCACCGCCGUGCCCAAGAGGUCUCCCGUUGGAGAGUUCCUCCUGGCAGGCGGCAGGACCAAAACCUGGCUGGUGGGGAACAAGCUUGUCACCGUGACGACAAGCGUGGGCACUGGGACCCGCUCGCUGCUGGGCCUGGAUUCCGUGGAACUGCAGGGCAGCAGCCCAGAAACGAGCGCUGACCCUGGGACACACAUCCGACAGACCAAGGAGGCGCCGGCCAAGCUGGAGUCGCAGGCCGGCCAGCAGGUGUCUUGUGGGGCCCGGGACCGUGUCCGCUCCAUGUCUGGAGGCCAUGGCCUUCGUGCUGUUGGCCUAGACACACCAGCCUCCCACUUCCCAGCCGGCCCCUGCUCUCCAGGAGCACCAAUGGCGCCAUCUGCCAAGGCUGACAGGGCCUCGGCUGGCCCCCAGGGCCUGGCUCCAGAGAGGAUGAACCUGGCGGCCUACGUGCCCCUGCUGACCCAGGGCUGGGCAGAGAUCCUGGUCCGCAGGCCCACAGGGAACACGAGCUGGCUAAUGAGCCUGGAGAACCCGCUGAGCCCCUUUUCCUCGGACAUCAACAACAUGCCCCUGCAGGAGCUGUCCAAUGCCCUCAUGGCGGCCGAACGCUUCAAGGAGCACCGCGACACCGCCUUGUACAAGUCACUCUCGGUGCCAGCAGCCAGCACGGCCAGGCCCCCACCGCUCCCUCGCUCCAACACAGUGGCCUCCCUGUCCUCCCUGUGCCCGUCCGGCUGCCAAGGGAAGCUGCACAGGAGCAUUUCCUGGGCAGACUCGGCCAUGCUUCCGGAGGAGAGUGUAGGUGCGGCCCCGCUGCCGCCAGAUCCCCCAGAGCUGGAGGACGUAGAAGUGGCCGCGCUAGGCAGCCAGGGGCGCUGUGGCCGUGCUGCUGUCUAUAGCCGGUCGUCCUCAGCGUCCAGUCAAGAGGAGAAGCCAUUCCGCAGUGAGGAGCGGGCCGCCUGUGGCGUCCCCAUAGAGCGGACUGGCUCCACUGCCAGCGGCCGGCCGGCGGUGGGCCUCUCCUUCCAGCCCUCACAGCCGCUCAGCAAGUCCAGCUCCUCCCCCGAGCUGCAGACGCUGCAGGACGUCCUGGGGGAGGCCGGGGACAAGGCUGAUGGUGGCCGGCUCAGUCCCGAGGCCAAGGCCCGGUCACAGUCAGGGUCCCUCGACAGAGAUGGUGCCGCCUGGGGGCCCCCGGAUGAGGAGGGCCAGGGCUUGGGCCCCACACAGCCUGAGGGGGCCCUGCCAUCCAGCUCGCCCCGCUCUCCCGGUGGCCUGCGGCCCCGCGGCUAUACCAUCUCCGACUCGGCCCCAUCACGCAGGGGCAGGAGGGCCGACAGGGUGGAACGGGACGCCCUCAAGGGCAGGGCUGCGGCCAGCAGCGCCGAGAAGGUGCCGGGCAUCAACCCCAGCUUCGUGUUCCUGCAGCUCUACCACUCGCCUUUCUUUGGCGACGAGUCCAACAAGCCCAUCCUGCUGCCCAACGAGUCCUUUGAGCGGUCGGUGCAGCUCCUGGACCAGAUCCCAUCAUAUGAUACACACAAGAUCGCCGUCCUCUACGUGGGAGAGGGCCAGAGCAACAGCGAGCUGGCCAUCCUGUCCAACGAACACGGCUCCUACCGCUAUACCGAGUUCCUGACGGGGCUGGGCAAGCUCAUCGAGCUCAGGGACUGCCAGCCCGACAAGGUGUACCUGGGCGGCCUGGACGUGUGUGGCGAGGACGGCCAGUUCACCUACUGCUGGCAUGAUGACAUCAUGCAGGCUGUCUUCCACAUUGCCACCCUGAUGCCCACCAAGGACGGGGACAAGCACCAGUGUGACAAGAAGCGCCACCUGGGCAACGACUUCGUCUCUAUCGUCUACAAUGACUCUGGUGAGGACUUCAAGCUGGGCACCAUCAAGGGCCAGUUCAACUUUGUUCACGUGGUUAUCACCCCGCUGGACUACGAGUGCAACCUGGUGUCGCUGCAGUGCCGGAAAGACAUGGAGGGCCUCGUGGACACCAGCAUGGCCAAGAUUGUGUCUGACCGCAACCUGCCCUUUGUGGCCCGGCAGAUGGCACUGCAUGCCAAUAUGGCCUCGCAGGUGCACCACAGCCGCUCCAACCCCACCGACGUCUACCCCUCCAAGUGGAUCGCCCGGCUGCGGCACAUCAAGCGACUCCGCCACCGGGUCCGUGAGGCCACCCAAUAUGCAAACUCCAGCCUGCCCCUGAUGCAGAUGCACAACCCUGCCCACGCCAAAGCCCCCACGCAGGCGCCAGCUGAGCCGCUGUCCACCUACGAGACUGGCCAGCGGAAGCGCCUCAUCUCCUCCGUGGACGACUUCACAGAGUUUGUGUGAGGCUGCAGCCAGGUGGCGCGGGGCAGAGGAAAUAAAUGGGCCAGCGGGA